UUCUGCAAACAUGGCGUUCGUGGUGCAGAGGAUCUCAACAGCUCUUCGACAUUUUGCUGGGAGACAAGGUUCUGCUGUGUGUCAAAAUGCAACAAGAAGUAUGUGCUCGAGUUCUACUCUGAAACCCACUGUAAGGAGACGGGAUGAGUUGCAGGCAAACCGCCUGGAGGAAUAUGGUCAAUAUGUAGCAGAUUGUCUUCCCAAGUAUGUUCAGGAAGUUCAAGUGAGCCAUAUGAAUGAACUUGAGGUAUUGAUCCACCCUGAUGGCAUCAUCCCAGUUAUGACAUUUCUCAAGGAUCAUCAUAAUGCUCAAUUCAAAUCAUUAGUUGACAUGACAGCUAUUGAUGUACCUACAAGAACGCACCGCUUUGAGCUCAUCUACAAUCUUCUGUCAUUGCAAUUCAAUGAGCGUAUCAGAGUAAAGACCUAUGCGGAUGAGCUUAGUCCAGUUGAUUCCCUAGAAUCUGUCUUUAAAGCUGCUGACUGGUACGAGAGAGAGGUGUGGGAUAUGUAUGGUGUCUUCUUCUCUAACCAUCCUGAUCUGAGACGAAUUUUGACUGACUACGGUUUUGAAGGACACCCCAUGAGGAGGGAUUUCCCCUUGAGUGGUUUUGUUGAGGUGAGAUAUGAUGAUGAGUUGAAGCGCGUUGUAUGUGAACCAAUAGAGAUGACUCAAGAAUUUCGCAAGUUUGAUCUAGCCAGCCCAUGGGAAACCUUUCCUGAAUAUAGAGACGGCACAACUACAAAGUUAUCAGCACCUAGUGAAGAGGAGUCAAACACCAAUGAUAACAAGUCUUAACAAUAUUAUGUGUUUCAUUCUGAAUGAGUAGUAUGGAGCAAUCCUUGCUAUUUCUAUAGAACCAAAGUAGUACUUCAAAACUUUGGUCUGCUUUAUACAUGCAGUAAUGAGAUUCAUGUACAUGGUAUAGUAUCAUCUUCUUAAAAAUAGUUUGUAAUUUGGAGUGGCUUAAAGCCAUUAUACACUUUCGGUACACUAAAGAAAAGUCCACAGAUUUACAAAUAACUUACAGGGUUUAC